GCAACAACAACAACUGGGGCAGCAACAACUGCAGAAACAACUACAACCCAAAUACCUACAACAAAAGACGUAAUCACAACAGCACAGAGUAAUAAAAUCCCAACUACACACAACACAACAAAUAAGACAGUAAAUAUUCUACUGAUGUGCGUGGCAAUUCCUCUAGCGGAGAUGAGCAUGCAAAUACCUAUCAUAAUUAUGGCUGUCCAUCUCAUUACAUCAUUCUGUCAUGACUUACAUCUCACAACAUCGUUUUCUCAUGACUUAUGUAAGAAGUUCAGGAUUGUGGGAAGUUCACUUUCUGUUUUGUUUUCCCUGGCAACACUCAUUUUAUCUUUGAUAUACAACUCUGGAGAUAUUGUUAUUGGCCUUGUGAGUGUUGUGCUGGUGUUUAGUUCCAUAGAGUGGAUCAUUGCAAUGCUGCCUUUAGGACCAAGCCAUGAGCUAAAUGAACCAGUUGACUGUGCUCUUUGGGUGUGUUUUGUCUUCAACCAAGUUCUCAAAAAUGUUUUUCUCUAUGUGAGCAUCAACAUCUUGUUUGAGGAAUGGGGAGAAACUACGAGAGUGUUUUGGCUUCUGACUGUUCACACAGUCCUGACAAUAGUUUGGAAUAUUGUGCUCGGCACCAAGAAGAGAACAUUACUGCAGAAAAAAAGAGUUUCUGUCACCGAUAAGGCCAAAUAUAAUCGGCAUCAUAAAGGAAAGAAGGAGCAUCUCUCACCAAAAGGAUGCUCAAAAGGAGUGGUUGUUGCGCUCUGCUCUUUUACCCUGGUGGUUUUGAGCACAACUCUUUCAGUACUAAUCUUUGUUGACUAUUUUUAAUGCAGAGGAGUUGAGAUACUCUAAAGUACCACUGAGACUUAUUCACACACCUGGUAAAGACGUGGAAGAAAAAAACUUCAAAUGAAUCAAAAGUUCUCAGACAGUGACUUUUUUAUUAUUAUUUCCUUUGCUUUCUUGCUUACUGUAAGUGAUUGUUGGACAAACUUACAGUCUUAUUUGGACACUUCAGGUCAUUUAAAACAUGUGAUCACUGCUGAAAGACAGACAAAGUUGAUAUUUUUACUUCUGAAGAUCAACAUUAUCUCUUACUUAAAUGACAUGCUCAUAUCUUUCCCAUUUUAAAAAGAGACUAAUAGAAUUGAAUUACUGAUUAAUGUGCAGACUAUGUUCAACUUGUAAAAGCAAAUUAGAAUUGGGAUUUUUUUUCUCACAAAAAAUCCAUACAUGUAAAAAACGACAAGUUAAAUAUUUAGAUACGUAAAAGUCAACUUUUGUAACUUUUUCCACAUCUUCACUGGGUGUGCAAAUAAAUGAUGGCUAUGAAGAAUAUUGGAAAUAAUAUACAAUAUAGCAUAUGUUUAAUCAAACAUAUGAACACAUGCUCCCUUUUUCCCUCUUUUAAAGCUGUUCAUAAUUUCAAAGAUUAAUAAAAGUUGUUAUUUAUAUCUUAGAGCCUUAACUGAAAUGCAGAAAGCUCCAUUGUUCAAACUGGAUACUAUUUCCACAAAGUAGUCUACAUUUUGUUCUCUGUGAAGGGAGGAUAAGCCACCAUGUCAGCUCUUAUCUUUAGUUAAAUAUGUAUCAAUGGAAAAACAUUUACUUUGAUUCCGGUAUAACCUCAUUAAUGUGCAUAUUCUUCUGCUAAGCUCAGCCGGUCAUCCAAAGGGAUGUUUUCAAUCACCAGCGGAAUAUUUUAAAGGCUGUGACGAUGCCCAGUUUGAGUAGCUGCAUGCAAGAAAUAGCUCACCAAAUCACAUAUAUCUUUAAGAUAACGGAAAAAAGUGGAGAGGUUAUUACAGCCAGAGGUAGCAAAGGGUGUGAUUAGAGUAAACUGAAGAGAAUGUUGUAAAACAGUUUUAUUGACUCUUCACUAAAUAGGUCAGCCUGUUGUUGAAAUUUUGCACUCUUUAGUGUUUUCUUCAAAGCUUCCAAUAGUCAAAUGUAUGUUCUGUUUCUUGAAUAUUUAAAAAUGAUUUUGUACUUAUUUUAUAAGAAAGCAGCAUUUAUAUUGAUGAAUGUCCAAUGAUUCACUCAGUAGUUAACAUCAACUAACCGGAGGAGACAUCUUCUAAACUUUCUUCAACUUCCUAAUUUCUCAAAAAUCCUGUAGUCUUCACAUGUUGGGGCAGAUGUUGAGUAGUGUAGUUCUGCCACCAUGAAACAUGUCAGUGCUUCUGUCUUGUGAUCUGAGUAAAUAAAAAAGUGUGU